UUGUUAAUGUGCACCCCCAGUGAGUAAAACAGCAGAGCACUAAGGAAUGAGCACCACGCCAGGCCCAGAGGAGGGUUGUGUUGUGGCAGCUGUUGAGAGAAAGCGCAUGGAGAGCCUGGAGAAGGAAAUGCUAAGUACGCCUGGACAGGGAAGCCUAACCCGACUCUAAAGGACCACAUGAUGACUAGAACCAACUCCAGGCAGCUUGCAGGCGCCCCUAGAAGCGAGGAAGAGGAAGAGGGAGAAGAUGUCCAGGCCACGCAAGCCCCAGAGCCCUGCCUUCCAGCCAUGGGCCACGUCGCAGCCCUUCGGACAAGCAUCAGGGGGGACGCUGCAGUCGGAAAACGCAAGAGGAAAUGUGACGGACCCCAACAUGGUGGCGCUCUUUGCACGUUUCUUUGGCAAAGGUUCAGGAGGUGAAAUCUCCAUCAACUCUUCCGAACACAGCGGCUUAUUGCCACCACCUGUGGAUUACAGCCUCCGAGACACUGACCAGAAGGGUCUCUAUCUGCAUGAGGAGAACUUGGUGGUGGCCCCUCUGCAAGGCACCAACUCUGCCCACGAAGCCUCGACUCUCACAUGCCCCUGCCCGCUGCUGCUGCCUUUUAGACCCAGUCCUGACUCCGUAGAGCAAGGGGUGCCCACCGAAGGACCUGUCAGCAGUCUACAUAUGUGGGACGGUCUAAGCGUUAGUGGCACAAGAGUGAAAGCAGACGAUCAGCGUGCUCCCCAACCAGGACCUGGAGCGGAAGCGGAUCCCCCUGAUCCUGGGCGUCCGAGGCGGCUCCCAGGGCCUCUCCUGUGGGAAGGCUGCCGAGCCCAAGCUGCAGCUGGAGGACAGCAGCCUCAGCUCCCUCUUCGGCAGCGGGGAGGAGGCCAGGCGCUUCACUUUCUACAAGAGCUACAACGGCAUCACCCACACCUUUGAGUCGGCCGCCUACCCGGCGUGGCUCCUCUGCUCCUCGGUGGAGGCUCACCAGCCCCUGGCCCUCACCAAGGCGCCCGGGGAGGGCGCCAGCAUCACGGCCUUCCACUUCGAGCCCAAAGAGCCUCCAGCCUAG